CGUCAUCGGACCAUCCCCCCUGCGUGUCCACAAACAGACCAGUCUGCAUUCUAGCGAACCCUCUCACUCAAGCAGCAGCAGAGGCACAGGCAGUACGAUCAAGGCCCCACGGUUCCUCCUUCAGUAUCCACAGACAAACUCCGUUUUCACACCAGCUGCCUACUCCAGGCAUGGCUGACGGCUGUACCCAGUCAUGGCACUGCGACAUUACACCCUCGACUUCAACCUCUCAGCGCCAGCUGACUGUCCUUCAACUGUGCAUGGGCUGCAGUCUAUAUUUCAAGAGCAGGAAAUGACAGAAACUGUCCAUGACACGGAGGGACAUGGAUACCUUGCUACCUUCAUUGGCAAGAAUGGCAGGUUGGUUAUUCUGCGUGUGCACUCCCAUGGUCUGGUUACCGUUGAUCUGCAGUGUUGUGAAGGAGAUAACAUUGCACAAGUAGAUAACCUUUUGAAUGCACUGGAAAAGAAGCUGAAAAGUCUCCUACAUGGAAACAUUAGGAGGGUCAAGAGGCUCCCAGCUCUGACACGAGGUGCAGCUGUUGAUCGAUACUGGCCCACAGCCGACGGCAGACUGGUGGAGUAUGACAUAGAUCGGGUUGUAUACGAUGAGGACUCUGCAUACCAGAAUAUAAAGAUCUUGCACUCACAGCAGUUUGGCAAUAUCCUGAUCCUCAAUGGGGAUGUUAAUCUGGCAGAGAGUGACCUACCCUACACCCAGGCCAUCAUGGGCAGAGGGAAAGAGAACUAUACAGGAAAGGAGGUGCUAAUCUUAGGAGGCGGUGAUGGAGGUAUCCUCGCUGAGGCCGUCAAACUCAAGCCAGAGAUGAUCACCAUGGUGGAGAUCGACCAAAUGGUGAUUGAUGGGUGUAGGACGCACAUGAGGAAGGCUUGUGGAAGUGUUCUGGACAAACUGAAGGGAGACUGUUACCAGGUGUUGGUAGAGGACUGUGUUCCGGUUCUGAAAAAGUAUGUUGAGGAAGGGAAGACGUUUGAUUACGUCAUCAAUGACCUCACAGCAGUUCCUAUCUCCACAGCGCCAGAGGAGGACUCUACAUGGGAGUUCCUACAGCUUAUCUUGGAUCUCUCAAUCAAAGUACUGCGUCCUACUGGGAAGUACUUCACACAGGGAAACUGUGCAAAUCUGACUGAGGCACUGGCUCUUUAUGAGGAGCAGCUGGGAAGGCUCUCGUGUCCUGUGAACUUUUCCAAAGAGGUGGUGUGUGUGCCCUCUUAUAUGGAACUGUGGGUUUUCUACACCGUUUGGAAGAAGUAAAGAGCUCCCUCUCUCCUCUUCAAGCCCUGCCUGCCGGAAUGUGAAAACUGCCCCCCCAUGAUCCGCCGUCGCACUGAGGGGAGAUAUGACCCCCCCCCCACACACACACACACACAAUCUCUACUCACACUGUUUUUAAAAAUUAUUUCAAGUCCAACUCUCUUAAACCCUUUUUAGAUGUUGGUUUUAUCAUUUUAUGUCAACUUGCAAGAGAUUGUAUUUCUGUUAAUUGGAUAUUUUGAGUUGGGCUGUUUUUGCGUUUGCCCUCCAGGGAGAGCUGUGGGACUGCUGCCACUGGAUACAUUGAAACCUACUGUAGAGGAUGACUCAGCAUUUCUAUAGCUGGCCUCAGACCUGUCAGGGCUUUAGACUUCUCUGACUAUAGCCUGGUCCCAGACCUGUCAGGGCUUUAGACUUCUCUGACUAUAGCCUGGUCCCAGACCUGUCAGGGCUUUAGACUUCUCUGACUAUAGCCUGGUCCCAGACCUGUCUGGGCUUUAGACUUCUCUGACUAUAGCCUGGUCCCAGACCUGUCUGGGCUUUAGACUUCUCUGACUAUAGCCUGGUCCCAGACCUGUCUGGGCUUUAGACUUCUCUGACUAUAGCCUGGUCCCAGACCUGUCUGGGCUUUAGACUUCUCUGAAUAUAGCCUGGUCCCAGACCUGUCUGGGCUUUAGACUUCUCUGACUAUAGCCUGGUCCCAGACCUGUCUGGGCUUUAGACUUCUCUGACUAUAGCCUGGUCCCAGACCUGUCUGGGCUUUAGACUUCUCUGACUAUAGCCUGGUCCCAGACCUGUCUGGGCUUUAGACUUCUCUGACUAUAGCCUGGUCCCAGACCUGUCUGGGCUUUAGACUUCUCUGACUAUAGCCUGGUCCCAGACCUGUCUGGGCUUUAGACUUCUCUGACUAUAGCCUGGUCCCAGACCUGUCUGGGCUUUAGACUUCUCUGACUAUAGCCUGGUCCCAGACCUGUCUGGGCUUUAGACUUCUCUGACUAUGGACUUCUCUGACUAGUUGUCAUGCCAUACAUGUUACAUGUCUUAUACAUGUAUGAAAGGGCAACAAUCCUCACGAGGAGUUGCCUAAAGCUCAUAGAGAUCUGGGACCAGGCUAGUAUUUAAACACUCUUUAUGCACCUGCCCCUCUGGGUUACUUUUCAAAUUUGGGUUAUAAAAGCAGUACCAACAUACAAUAGCUUUUGGGUUCUGAUUGUGUGAUAGAAUAUGUGCUCAUCAUAGUUUCAACUGAAUGUCUGUGUGUUUGAUUGUUUUCCUCUUCUGUUGUAACUGUGGCUUGAGUGUGCUUAGAUUGCUGGUGCUUUUCAAGAUGUUGAAAAGGCAGUGUGACCCUGCCCAUUGAGGCUGAAGUGUCCAAACGUGUUUUUAAAAGGGAAAAGGGUCCUCCUUUUGUGGCCGUUUCUUGCUUGUACUGCUUUAUUUUUACAUACUCAGUUUUAUAAUUCUGUUUGGUUCUAUAAUUCUGUUUGAUGCAUGUGCUGGAAAACGAAAGGUUUUUAUUGAAUGUAGCUUACCAUAUACACAGUGCACAUUCAUGCCUUUGAUCAAUAUUGUGGUGCUUUGUUAAAUUUAUUUAUUUGAUAUUAUUUCACCAAAUGCUGUUUUAUCCCACUGGAAAAAUAAAUGUUGUUCAGCAGAGACUACCUGCUAUUAAAACGAGUUGGAGAAGAAAA